GUCAGAAGACCCGCUGAAAUUCAAAGUUAGAGGAGGAGACCGGAGCAUAUAACAACAAGAAGGUUGUUUCUUGUUUUCAGUCAGUUAGCGUUGACCCGUUUCACACAGACUUCUUUUCAGCUCAGUAUGGAAGCUGGCGAGGAAAAUAAUGGCAAUGUCAACUUGAAAAGACAGAGAGCACCUCUGUCAGAUUCUGAAGACAAUGUCCUCUCACAAUCAGAGGUGAAUGAUGGCCAGAAGCGGCGGCGUCUGGAGGCAGCUGGUCAGGAGAACCGUAGUCCUAAACCAUCCUCCUCUGGACGCCUAGCUGAGCUGGAGAUGAAGCCAGACACACCGAUGGUUCCUUCGGUCCGGACCCGAGUCCAGCAACUCACCCAGCGACGAGAGGGUGCAGCUCCUCUUGCCCAGCGGUGCCUGUCGGAUCCUGGAGCUGACAGUCCAUCGCUCUUCAUCCACAAAAAGGGCCUCAGAGAGCAUCUCCUUGGUGAGGGAGAAUUUAAUCAGCGAUUGGAGCGUUUCAAAAUGCCAGUCUUCCAAGCUAGCCCCAACCCCACACCAAGCCCUGCCAACCCCUCCCCACGGAUCUGCUCCAACUUUGUGUCUGCCAUUCAGGAGAAACUCCACAGUACUACAGCACCCAGCUCCAAGCAGGCUUCACGCAUACGCCAGGAACGGGAACAGGAGUUGAACCAGUUGCCUUUUCAACCAAUCAGUGAGAAUGCCUGGCUGAAAAGGAGCAACUCUGAUCCCUCAUUAUCUCAGCAGAUGGACGGUGACGCUGAGAUGAAAGAUGGAAGUUUUGAAGCUCCUAGAUCAGGUGCAGAGAAGCAAUCUUCAGAUGGGACAGAUGCUGAACUGAGCUCUCAUGAUGAGACCAACACUGCUGAAAUAAUUGAUCAGAUGUUCGAGGAGGUGUUGGAAUAUGCUGGAAGGGUAGAGGCAGAGAGGGGCGAUGAUGAGGACACUGAGGACCAUGACAGUGGCAUUGGCGUUUGCUCUGGAGACAAAGAAAAACUGGACACGGAGUCAGAGAAGGAGAAAAGUGAAGAGGAGGGUGAUGAGAACAAGCUGCUUGAAAGCGAUAGAGAAGAGCUGUUGACUUUUCCUCCCAGUGGCAUCCUGUCCCCUCUCAGCAAGUCUGUAGAGGCUGUAGUCACCCCUAUGCGACUGGAAACGAGCCAGGAGUCCAAUCCUCCCUCUCUGCUCUUGACCCCAGAGGAGACCACCCCCCCUCUUGCUGAAUCUGCUCCUCUAUACAGUAUUGAUGCCUAUCGCACACAAAGACAGAGAAAGCUUCCCACCAUUCAGAGUGUCACUCCUGAGGUUCAGAAACGAGCUCCGGAGAAGUCCCAACCUCAACCCUCUGUCAACACCAAGGAGAAAAUCACAGCUCUAAAUACAGAAGCAGGGAAGUUGCAGACUGUGAUCAACCAGACCCUGCAGGCUCUGAGCUGCUGUACUGAUGAGGAGCACGGACGAGGCUCGCUGGAGGAGGCGGAAGCUGAGAAACUCCUGUUGGUCUCAUGUGAGAAACGCUCUGCUCUGCUGGCAGAGGUGACCAGACUGAGGGAGGAGAGGAACUCGGAGUCAGCGGAAGCAGCAGGAGAGGACAGGGAGUAUGUUUCCCAACAGGCCUGCAGAGGGACUGUCAGCAUCACAAACAUCCAGCUGCCACUCAAGGUGGAAUUCGUCUGCUCAUCACACAACCGUACAGGUCGGCCAAGUCACUACUUUUUUGUCCUGAUCCGCUACGGCCCCUGCAACAUUGUCGCCACCCCGCUGGCCACGGCUGCUGAUGCUCAGAAUGGAGACACCAUCUCCUUCCCUACUUCUGUCACUCUGAAGGAUAUCCGCUCUUCCUUUGAGAUUGAUGUGGAAGUCUAUAGCCUGUCCCACACUUCAGGUAGUAGCUGCAGCAUGGACCGGACCACCACCAAGUCACGGGUCACACCAAGGAAGCUCCUGAACACCAUCACAAGAUCCAGUAACACACUGACAUCUGCUGCUCCCUCUGCUCUCAAUACUCGUCGCUCCAGCAACUUUUGUUUGGUGGGCUCCCAUAAGAUCACCUUGGCCUCGCUGGGACACAGCAAGUUCCCGCUGGACAAGAUGAAACUUGAAGGCAAAAUCAGGAGGCUGCUGGGAGAUGAAUUUCAGGAAAAGGUGCCUUUUCUCUCUCCUCUAGAGGGCAACAUCUACCUGGGUCUGGACAGUGAGAGUCACUCUAAUGUACAGCACCAAGGUUUCCUGACAAUGUUUGAGUUGAUCAGUGGAUAUGGUGUGUGGCAUCGCCGAUAUUUUGUUCUGGAGGGAUGUAACAUGCACUACUGGAACCACCCCAAUGACAAAGAAACUAAGGAAGCAGAGAGCAGCAUCUCUUUGUCCAGCUCUCACAGUCAGUGCGUCAGGCCUGUGAAGAGGGACUUGUGUGCUCGACCUUUCACCUUUGAGCUGGUGAGCAACGUCCCUCAGCAGCAGGACGCCAACCAGGACGCCUUGGCCAAGUGUUGGUUUUCAGCUGACACCAAACAGGAGAGAUUGGACUGGAUGGAGAAACUCAAUCAAGCUCUUUUGGACUUUCACACAUGGAACCGCGCAUCAGCAGCCCAAACAGAAAGUCAGCAGUCAAACUCGUCCAGCAGUGGGAACCUGAGGGAGAGCAUACUGUAACUACACCACGAGGCCAACGAACCUACUCUGUGUGGUAGAUAAGCUGACAUCAGGGUUUAGAUUCUUCACCUCAGAGCUGCAGGAGGUGAGCUGCUUCUUAGCAGGCUCUGUUUCACAGUCGAAAUGAAACUGGCAAAUUGUAAACGAGGCAAACAUGUAUCUCAUAUUGAUUUUUCUUUUUUGGAGAUUAUUUGAUUUCCAUACUAUUGUUUAUUUCUUUUAACCUGAAUCCAAUCAUUGCUGUUGGCUUUCACUUUUAUUUGCUGAGUUACAGUUGCCGUUUGAAUAAUUUUAGUCUUUCUUUAUCAUGAUUUUGUGGAAGAGGUUUUAUUUUGAAUUUUCUGUGGCAAUCAGCUGCUUUAGCCUUUGUUGGCAAUAUUAUUUGGUCACUUUCAGUAGCUAAGGUGAAACUUCUUGUAGCUGAUAUAUUUUUGUAAUAAUUUACACAUGUAUUUAGAUUCAUAUUAUAUUUUUGCUUCGUAUAAACUGGAAGGAUAAACCAAUUUAUAUAGAUACACUAAUAAAUAUUGAAGGAGGAGGAAAUCUUUAACGCUACUAAACAUAUCUAGGGUGAGAAUGUAUUUCAAAUGGCACGAAACACUACAGACUAAUAGUUCAUAGAAGGAGUGCUAGUUAAGGUUGGAAUGGGAGUCUUUCAUAGGCAUUCAGACAUACAGUUUUUGAUCAUGGGCCGAGUGGAUGCAUUGUAGAUGGAAGCAGGCUUUUUUUUUUUUUUACUGAACCAACAAAUAUUUGGCUGUUUCUGUAAAAUGUGAUAGAAUUUUUACUGAAGAAAUAACCAGUCAAAAUAUCAGACAGUCCCUCUUGUCAGGGCAUGUCACUGCGUCUCGGAGAUUUUACUUCGUUCACAGUGGUUUGAAGUGUUCACUCAUAUUCCCAAGUGCACGAUUUGUGUUACUGCACAUAAAUCAAUUCAUAUAUUUACAAUAUUAAACCAUGUUAUAUGUGUAAUGCAGUGAAUGAGGGAACUGAUGAGGUAAAAGAGGGGACUGUAGUGAUGCUGCUACACUGAAUGUAGUCUGUUCUGUCUGAUGUGUUCUUUUCCAUGUAUUUCCACCUAUCAGUCUGUCUCUUUGUUCUCAGUGUUAUUCAUUUGAACUCUCAUUCUAUGCACUUAAUGAAGUUACCAAUAAAAUAAAUGGAUUGAAA